AUGUCCGCAUUAUCCAACGUAUCCAAAAAGCGCGUUUCUUAUUUUUAUGACGAGGAUGUUGGUAAUUAUACGUAUGGACCAGGUCAUCCUAUGAAACCACACAGAAUGCGUAUGGUGCACGAUCUGGUUGUUAAUUAUGGCCUGUUUAGAAAAAUGGAGAGUCCUAGACGGGCGACAGCACGGCAAAUGACGCGCUUUCAUACCGACGAAUAUAUAGAUUUUCUAUGUAGAGUGACACCCGAGAAUGUGGAAGAAUUAUCACAACAACAGACGCGAUAUAAUGUGGGAGAAGAUUGUCCGAUUUUCGAGGGCCUCUUUGAAUUCUGUUCGAUAUCAGCUGGUGGUUCAAUUGACGCCGCAAACAAACUGAAUAGUGGGGAGUCGGACAUUGCCAUAAACUGGUCAGGUGGCUUACAUCAUGCCAAAAGAUUUGAAGCAUCUGGAUUUUGUUACGUCAAUGACAUUGUACUAGGUAUAUUGGAAUUAUUAAGAUAUCAUCAGCGCGUCCUUUAUAUUGAUAUUGAUAUUCAUCACGGUGACGGAGUCGAGGAAGCGUUUUAUACAACAGACAGAGUCAUGACUUGUUCGUUCCACAAGUUUGGACAAUUCUUCCCUGGCACCGGAGACAUCUCCGAUAUUGGUAUUGGUAAGGGGAAAUACUAUGCGGUGAAUUUUCCACUAAAAGACGGAAUGGACGAUUGGAGUUUUCAAAACGUGUUUAGACCCGUCGUUCAACAUAUAAUGGACUGGUAUCGCCCUGGCGCAGUAGUACUUCAAUGUGGUGCAGAUUCACUCGCUGGCGAUCGUCUGGGCUGCUUUAAUUUAUCGUCGAAAGGCCACGCAGAAUGUGCGGAAUUUGUGAAAAGUUUCAAUUUACCCAUAAUGGUAGUCGGUGGUGGAGGAUAUACAAUAAGGAAUGUAGCACGCGUGUGGACCUACGAGACUGGAUUAUUUGCGGGAGAGAAACUUAGUGAAGAUUUACCAUACAAUAACUUCCUUGAGUAUUAUGGCCCAGAAUAUAAAUUAGAUGUACCAUCGAAUAACAUGGAGAACCUCAAUAGUCCGGCUUAUCUUGCCGAAAUGAAAGCGAAGGUAUUUGAGAAUCUACGGCAUAUACCAUUUGCCCCGAGUGUCCAGAUGCAAGAGGUUCCCCGAAAUUACGAUACCGACGAAGACGAAGAUGAGCCUGAUACACGGACGUCACUGAGACAGCGUAAUAUGCGCAUAGUUCCAGAUACGGAGCUUUCCGAUUCUGAUGAUGAAGGUGGUGGCCGUCGUAACGAACGUAAUUAUCAUUCAAACGGACUUGGAGAUAGUUCGUUGCGGAAGAGCAGAAGUGAUAAGAAAAAAUCGUCGGUAAGAAAUGAGCGUCAUAAAUCUAAAGGUAAACCCAACGUGAUAAUGGAGGACGUACUGAACAAUAUGUCACGGGUGCCAAUGUCAUCCGAACGACAAACUUUAAUAUCAUCGCCACGAGGUGGAAGCGGCGUGUCGUCGCCCAUGUCGACAAAUAUGUCUACUCCCGCCCUUGUUGUAACUAAACCAAUGGAUAUUGAUGAUGGACGAGUAUUAACUAAGCGUGAACCAGACACAGAUGGGGACAUUAUGAUGGACUGA